GCGGUGUCUGCCGUGCCAUGUGCGUUCAAGUGACUUUUCCUCGCCCGCGCACGCUAUGCCGAGAUCAGACGAACGCACGUCAGACUUCCCAAUCGUCGCCAGCGCGGCGUCUCGCUCGUACUCUCGGCACCCUUCGUCCAUUUUCCACUCCCGAGCCCCUGCGUGCCCGAGAUGGAUUGCCGCUUUAGGCUCGUCCAUGAUGCUUGGAUGGGCGACAUGGCGCCGUCUACCACGCUCUCCGCCGGGUCUCGUUCCCUUCAGACGGCCCACGGUUCGUGCGUUCCCGGACACACGCGUGGCACUGAGAAACGGAGAACACCCCUGCCCAGCAUCGUGUCCGAUUGAUUGACGACGCC